AUGGCUGUCCUGCGCCAGCUGCACCCCUCAGAGGGUGGUCUUACUUUGCAAGGCCACGUAUAUUUGGAUUGCGGGUGCAGGAACCUCAUCGUUUCCUCCAGUCUUGUGCGCCAGGGCGAGCGGGGCUGGUGGGUGGGUGUUUUCCGCCACAGCUACAACAGCACCAAGGCCUGGAACACCACCGCCAUCUGCAUUUUUGGGAUGGAGGAGAUGAAGGAGCAAGCCUGCGGGUCCACGCACUUCAUCAUGAAUGGGAAGAGCUGUGAGGAACGAUCGAUCAAGAAAUUACCCACCUUGGUUCACUCGGGAUUGGUGGCUGUUUAUGGCACAGUUGUUUUGAAUCAGAUAGUUCUCUUUUUGGGAACCGACGAUGGACAGCUGCUGAAGGCUAUUCUUAAUGAGGAUAUGGAAUCUAAUUGCCCAGAGGUUUUAUAUGAAAUUAAGGAAGAAACCUCAAUUUUCCCCAAACUUCGCCUUGAUCCAAUAGAUAGUAACUACAUCUAUCUGUCCUCUGCCAAUAAGGUGAGAAGAAUACCGGUUGCAAAUUGCGGUAGAUACGUUUCUGAGCAAGAAUGCUUUUCUGCAAAGGAUCCCUACUGUGGGUGGUGUUCUUGGAAUCGAAGGUGCACAUUAAAAGAAAAUUGUACACGUUCAGACAGCAUAAAGGGUUGGUAUAACAUUUCACGUGGACCUGAUAAAGAUCUGAAAAUCCUACUAAGUUUCCCUGCCAAAAAUCAGGUUUCCGUGGCUGCAAGCAUAAGCAAAGUCCUUACUUCCUGUGUGAUAAAAAUUGUAAAACCCAUUGAAAUAUUUUAUGAAAAUGUGGUGCUGAAAAACUCAUCCUGUUUCUGCAAUCUAACUGCUCCAGUGAUAACUGAUGAUGGUUUUCAGAGUGUUAUGGAAGCUAGCUCACCUUGCCUGUACUUUGUGCCAAAGAUGAGCCCUUUGACUGGUAACCAGAAGGCUGAUAGCUGUAAUGCAGCUGCUUCCAAGAGGAUCACCACUGCACAGAAAACCGAGCAUAUCAGCAUUCAUUCCAUUGAACCUUUGUGGAUUUCUACAUUAGGCAAAAGUGAAAUAACAGUCAAAGGAGAAAACUUUACUCGUGCAUCAGACAUAAAACUGAUACUGACUGGAAUCACUGGCUGUAAACCAGACAUCAUUAAAGUUAGAAAUGUGCUGAACGAUACACAAAUGACAUUUACUCUCCCACCAACACGUAAAGAGGCCAAAAGUAUAUGCAUACAGGUUAAUGGGAAAAAAUGUUCACCACCAAUGACCCUGCAUUAUGUUUCACCACCAUCGUGUCUUGGAAUCACACCAAAUACCUCCUGGAUCAGUGGUGGUCGCAAAAUUACUACAAUUGGUAGGAAUUUCAAUGUGGUGGACAGUGUGAUUAUUUCAGAUGACCAGAGAUCAAACCUCACUGUCUCUAGGUGUCCUGGAAAUGUAUCUGAAUAUCAUUACUUAACGCCAAGCCUGAGCCAUGCAACAGAGGGUAAAGUUGUUGAUAUGAUGUUGAAAGUGGACACUACCUUUAUACCCUGUGUCAAAUUACACUAUCACCCUGACCCAGUGUUCAUUAACUACCAGCUGCACACUGAGCUGGAUCCUGAUCUGGAAUUAAAAAUAUAUGUAAGUUUGAAAGUAAUAAACUAUAAUUCCUUAUUUAAAACAGUCAUUGGAGGUCAUAAAGAAAAUGACAACUUGAAUAUUUCUAAAACUGAGGUAGAGGUUUAUCUGUCGUAUCUGAGUGGUGCACAGACCAAAAAGAUAUGGUUCAGCGUCCAAAACAUUACCAAAAAACCAGACCGUAGCACCAUACUGUGCAAAUUCAAGAGGGAAGGAACAGAUAAGAUUGACUUUUCCACAGUGAAAGUUUUUGUCAAAUUAGGAAAUUUUGAACACGAAGUCAAACCAACAUCAUCACACAUAUAUUUAUAUGUUCUUAUUUUGCUGCCUAUUGUAGUGGGUGUGAUUAUAGUGGCAUUCAUAGUUACUAGAUACAAAUCCAAAGAGUUAACUCGUAAACAGAGUCAGCAACUUGAACUGCUGGAAUAUGAGAUACGGAAAGAAAUUCGUGAGGGAUUUGCUGAACUGCAGAUGGAUGAAUUAGACGUGGUGGAUAGUUUUGGAACUGUUCCCUUCCUUGACUACAAACACUUUGCUCUUAGAACUUUCUUUCCAGAGUCAGGAGGCUUUGCAUCCAUCUUCAGUGAAGACAUGCCACAGAGCAGAGACCAAACAAGCAAGGAUGAAAGCUUCAACAUGUUGCAUGCUUUAAUUUGUAACAAGAGCUUUCUUGUUACUCUCAUUCACACCCUUGAAAAGCAGAAAAAUUUCUCUGUGAAAGACAGGUGCUUGUUUGCAUCCUUCUUGACUAUUGCACUACAAACUAAGCUAGUUUAUCUAACCCAUAUUUUGGAAGUGUUGACAAAGGACUUGAUGGAGCAGUCAAGCAAUGUACAGCCUAAGCUACUGCUCAGACGAACUGAAUCUGUGGUAGAAAAAUUGCUGACAAACUGGAUGUCUGUCUGUCUUUCUGGCUUCCUCCGGGAGACAAUUGGUGAACCUUUCUAUUUGCUCGUGACAACCCUUAAUCAGAGGAUAAACAAAGGACCCGUCGACGCCAUAACGUGCAAGGCCCUGUACACACUUAACGAAGACUGGCUGCUGUGGCAAGUGUCUGAAUUCAAAACCGUGGUAUUGAACAUUAUCUUUGAAAAAAUCCCAGAAAAUGAGAGUGGAGAUGCCUGUCAGACCAUCCCAGUUAAUGUUCUGGACUGUGACACCAUAGGCCAAGCCAAGGAGAAGAGCCUUCAGGCCUUCCUUAAUAAGAAUGGCUUUCUCUAUGGACUUCAGCUGGAUGAAAUUGGGCUUGAACUUGUGUCUGAGGAGCAGCAGAGAGAGCUGUUGGAUAUUGAUGGUUCCUCAGAGGUGAUGGAGGACGGGAUAAGGAAGCUGAACACCAUUGGUCAUUACGAGAUUUCAAACGGAGCAACCAUAAAAGUCUUUAAAAAGAAGGCAAAUACCCGAUCAGAUGUGGACUACUCGGAUGAACACUGUCAUUUGAUUUUACCAGACUCGGAAGCAAACAAAGAUGUGAAAGGAGGGGGUCACAAAGGAAAGCAGAAAUUCAAAGUGAAAGAAAUGUAUCUGACAAAGCUGCUGUCAACCAAGGUUGCAAUUCAUUCGGUUGUUGAAAAGCUCUUCAGGAGCAUUUGGAGCUUACCCAACAAUAAAGCACCUGUUGCCAUCAAGUACUUCUUUGACUUUCUGGAUGCCCAGGCUGAGAGCAAAAAAAUUACUGACCCUGAUGUGGUCCACAUAUGGAAAACCAACAGUCUUCCUCUUCGCUUCUGGGUGAACAUCCUGAAGAACCCCCAGUUUGUCUUUGAUAUUAAGAAGACUUCCCACAUAGAUGGCUGUUUGUCUGUAAUCGCACAAGCCUUCAUGGAUGCCUUUUCUCUAGCAGAACAGACUCUGGGGAAGGAAGCACCAACAAAUAAACUGCUCUACGCUAAGGACAUUCCACUGUACAAGAAGGAGGUGAAAGCGUACUAUAAAGCCAUCAGGGAUCUGCCAACGCUGACCACUUCAGAGGUUGAAGAAUUUCUAACUCAGGAAUCUAAGAAACAUGAAAAUGAAUUUAAUGAGAAAGUGGCCUUGAUUGAAAUCUACAGAUACAUAGUGAAAUAUUAUGAUGAGAUUGUCGGCAAACUCGAGCGAGAACGGGGGUUUGAAGAAGUCCAGAAACAGCUCCAGCAAGUAAAAGCCUUAUUUGAUGAAAAGAAAAAAUGCAAAUGGUUUUGAGCAGAGCACUGACUCACAGCGUCACUGUGGGGGAUUUUAAAUAAGCGCUACUGCUCCC